CAGAGUCCGAACUUUAGAAGACUCGACUUCGACGGGGUGAACGCAGUAACUCAACCGUCCCGCCAACGCCCCCGUCAGCCUCUCCUCUCUGCAUACGUCAAAAAGCUGCAGCUCACGGAAAGGCCUGCUUCCGUCCUUCAAUGUUUAACACAUAUGUCUCCCUCCGAUCCAUUGCCCCAUUGUCGUAGGACUCUUUGCGAGCAAAGCCCAUGCUCGUUUUCAGGUCUUACCGCUGUUGGUACGAUAUGAUGGCUUCGCAAAUGUAAACUCCAUGAAUUUAUACUGAACUGAAAUACCUGCUGAUGACGCUGUUGAAGAUCAACGAUAGUCCUCUUCGUCGCCAUCCUGCUGGCGAGCAGGCAGCUCCCACUCGAAGACCAAGCGUGCUGCACGGAGCGCGCGUGCUCUACCUUUCUACUCAGCUUGUCAUCUUCGUCGCCCAUCUGUACACCUUUGUCCAUAUCCGACGCAAGAAAGACAUGACGGUGCUUUCAAAAGCAAACGCUACCACGGUCUACCAAUACGAUUGCCAACAAUGGCGCGCGAUGCUCAGAGGUCAGAUCCUCGGGCUGGCGAUGGUUGCGGUCAUGCACUUGUACUUCAAGCUGCCGAAUCCGUUGCUGAUUCAAUCGAUCUUGCCUUUGAAGACUUCGGUGGAGAGCAAACUAGUGCAAAUCCAUGUCUUCGGAACGCCGGUUGUAGGUGAGCCGCAGCGGCCGUGGAAGACCAGCCCUGGGCUUGCGGGUAUGUGGCGAUUCGGCCGUGGUGCUGGGUUGGACGGAAAGGUGAAGAGCAGCUAAGCUUACGAAUCGCGUUGACACGGACUUGCAA